GCUGUCAGGUCUCUUCUUCCAGAUAAUGACUGACACCCCAGGGCAUUUUCUGCUGGUGUCAGCUGUUGCCACACCAGCAAGCAGGGAGUUUGCUGGGUUGCUAGGUUGGCAAGGUUCUGGGACACAGGGAACCCUUUGAUGGUUGUACCCCAGUUAGUGGGACAAGCCUCUCUGGAAGGCAGUGGGAGCUUUUGGAAGGAGCACUGGCCUUGGAGCCAUCGGACCUGGAAUGAUACUAAAGCUCUGUCACUUAUCGCCUGGCUGACCUGUUUCAGCUGUCUUGGGACUUCUGUGAAUACCAAAUGAGAAGCUAUACCUGCAAAUGCUUAGAAACUCAUAAAACACCAUGCAAUCCAUCCUAGUGAGCGGGAUGUGGCAUCUGAUUGUGGUUUUGAUAUGUAUUUCCCUGAUAACUCAUGAUGCUGAGCACCUUUUCACCUGCCUGUUGGCCACUUCUCAUCCAGUCAGAGUCAUGCUGCAGCAGCCUGGCGCCUGACGAAUGAGGGGAGCCUGCCAGGGGGUUACUGCUAGUUCAAGGCAAGACAGAGGCCUCAGGGGAGCGGAGAUGGGCAGAGCAGCCUCCAAGCCUGGGCCAGCAGCACCAAGACGGAGGCCUGGGCCCUGGCCUGGAGCUCGGUUCACACUCGCUCCGCUGACCCUGAUGGCAUUCGAAGCAACACCCUGCUGAGAAGCGGCUGUUCCCAGGCCCCAGAGGACCUCAGAGCAGGAGUCGGAGUUUGACCACCCCUACACAACUGCAGUUGGGGCUGCGACCGUCGCGGGAAGGGGCUGGCGUCUCGGAUGGGAAGUAGAAGGGCAGAACCUAACGCCAGGAGGAUCUUGGUCUCUGAAGAGUUUUCUGGAACCCACAGAGCUUCCUGGGUUUCUUCUCUCUGGAUUGGGGCUUGGUUCCCUCUCCUCCCCUGGCAGAGGGGUUGGGCCCUGAGGGCCAGCUGAGAGAGGGAAGACUCUUAAAUGAAAUUCAGGCUGCUUGAAGCCCACGUGCUCUCUGCUGUGAUUGGGGUUCAAGGGCUUCCCUGCUGCAGGGGACGAGGGGCCGCCUCGGCAUCUGCUCAUGAGCCACAAGGACCCCGAAUGCUCCAGACUGGAUCGUUUCAAGCCGCCAAAGAGGGGGACCCCCAGAGCUGGCAGCCAGCAACCCCAAGGGACUAGAGGGCUGGGAUGGACUGACCUCCCCCUUGCCAGGGCUCCGGGAGAAGCAGAGCCUCUCUGGCCCAGCUAGUGACGGAGAGACCCAAUGAAGCCAUAAGCAGGGCCAGGCGGCUCAGGGACGGGGGCCACUGCUGCCGACGUGCUUUCUCCUGACGCUGAGGGAGGGCGUGGUGUGGGACCUCUGCCCCGUCCCCUCCUUGGUUGGCACUUGCCCAUAUGCCAUUUGCGCGUGGGGCCAGAACAAGCAGGCGACGCUGUGGCUGUCCCAUCAGCGGGCUGGGAAAGGAGCGGCCACGGUGACACCCACCUGACUGCCGGGCUGAGGCCCCGGCUCCCCGGGGUGCUGAGCCAUGAAGUGCUCCCUGCGGGUGUGGUUCCUCUCCGUGGCCUUCCUGCUGGUGUUCAUCAUGUCACUGCUGUUCACCUACUCCCACCACAGCAUGGCCACCCUGCCCUACCUGGACUCGGGCGCCCUGGACGGGACCCACCGGGUGAAGCUGGUGCCCGGCUACACCGGCCUUCAGCGCCUCAGCAAGGAGGGGCCUGCCGGCAAGAGCUGUGCCUGUCGCCGCUGCAUGGGUGACGCCGGCACCUCUGAGUGGUUUGAUAGCCACUUCAACAGCAACAUUUCCCCGGUCUGGACCCGCGAGAACAUGGACCUGCCCCCAGAGGUCCAGAGGUGGUGGAUGAUGUUGCAGCCCCAGUUCAAGUCACACAACACCAACGAGGUGCUGGAGAAGCUGUUCCAGAUAGUACCAGGCGAGAACCCCUACCGUUUCCGGGACCCCCGCCGGUGCCGGCGCUGUGCUGUGGUGGGGAACUCGGGCAACCUGCGGGGCUCUGGCUACGGGCCGGAUGUGGACGGGCACAACUUCAUCAUGAGGAUGAAUCAGGCACCAACCGUGGGCUUUGAGCAGGAUGUCGGCAGCCGAACCACCCACCAUUUCAUGUACCCCGAGAGUGCCAAGAACCUGCCCGCCAACGUCAGCUUCGUGCUGGUGCCCUUCAAAGCCCUGGACCUACUGUGGAUCGCCAGCGCCCUGUCCACGGGGCAGAUCCGAUUCACCUAUGCCCCAGUGAAGUCCUUCCUUCGAGUGGACAAAGAAAAGGUCCAGAUCUACAACCCAGCCUUCUUCAAGUACAUCCACGACAGGUGGACAGAGCAUCAUGGGCGGUACCCUUCCACUGGGAUGCUGGUACUCUUCUUUGCUCUGCAUGUGUGUGAUGAGGUGAACGUGUACGGGUUCGGGGCCGACAGCCGGGGCAACUGGCACCACUACUGGGAGAAUAACCGGUACGCGGGCGAGUUCCGGAAGACGGGCGUGCAUGACGCCGACUUCGAGGCCCACAUCAUCGACAUGCUGGCCAAGGCCAGCAAGAUCGAGGUCUACCGAGGGAACUGAGCCAGACCCAGCCGUGACUCUUCCGGCCCUACCGCGAGGCGCCGGGAAGCGCUCCAGCCGGGACUCAGGGUCAGCCCGGGGGUGGUGGCCUAAGCGCGGGCGCGGCGCCCUAUUGGGCGUCAGCAGGCAAUCGGGAGCGACGCCGCCGCAGUUGGACCAAUCAUGCUUCAGUCUAGCGAGCGCCGGCUAUCCUCCGCCAAUCACGAGACUCUGGGCGCUGCCUGGGCCUAGCAUCAAUCAGCGCUGCCACCGGCCGGAGCCUCUGUUUCUCCCAGCCAAUCAUGCGACUCAAGGAGAACUUCCGGCGCUGGGGCCCGUCUCCUCCAAUCAAUGACCUUCGGAGGCGGGCCGGCGGCCGAUCAAUCCCCACUCCCGUAUGCUUUUGGGUAGGAUUUUAUCGAUAUUUCACGCUUUCAAAGGAGAAGUUUGUUCCGGCCCCAAGAAGUACUUUCUUCAGGCUCGGCCGGAGGCGGCUCAGUCGCCGGCCGGCCUGACCCCGCAGGGGGCGCGGAGGAGGAAACGGUGGGGAAGGUGCGGGACAGUAGCGGCCCGGCCUCCCCUUCCCGGGGGUCCCUCGUGGCCUCGGGGCGGGCGGAGGGGCGUUCGCGGAGGCUUUCGGGUGGUCGGCGGGUGGUCAGGUGGUUUCCAAGGAGCGCGUUUUUCCCCAGGGGAAAAGUUAGAGCCCUCCCAAACCGCUCUGGACCUCCGAGAGAACUAGACCCUACAUUUCCUUUAUUGGUCAGGCGCAGAUGGGUGAGUGCAAACCCACCAAAGAAAUGCGGUGAGAAUCCAGAGGGUACGUGGGUCCCCUCCUCCUGCCUCCUCCCCUCCCGCCUUUGGCCACCCUAUGGAAUGGCCUUUCUGACCAUGGCAUUUAGUGUCUCACCAGAAAACUAGAAUUGUUUUCACGUCUUGCUGGGGGCGGAAUUCGCUUAGGGCUUAACUCUGGAACACAGGUGUAAGAAUAGGGCCGGAGACAAGGAAGCCCCGUCACAUCAGAUGUAAGGUACACUCACGAGUACCCUCGGCCCCUGUUGUUCGCCCACAACCUUUUUAAAGUGUCUCUCCCUGGGCCUUGGGCCCCCUCCCCAGCCUACUUGUUUCUCUGGGGGAAAAAAAAAUCAAAACUUGCCCUGUGAUUGGGGCACUGCUGCUCCCCGCCCUUCCCCCUUUGUCUGGCUUUAGGGAGAGGGAGCAACACGUAGGAAAGAAGGCUGGAGAUGCUUUGGGCUCACGAUUUAGCUAACCUGAAGUUACUAGGGGUGGCUGGCCAACAGAUUCUUUGCAAAUGCUAAGCUGGCCAUGCAAAUAGCUGGGGAGGAGUAGACUUGCCCCUGCAUGCCUCCUCCCCUGCCCACACAUCCCUUCCCCCUUGCUCACCUGCUGCCUUUUUCCUCUAACCCACUUUCCAUUUCCAGCUCUAGAAGGGCUGCGAAGCUAACAACCAGAGGUUACAGCUGGAAGCUACUUGCAUGACUGAACCCAGCUUAAGUCCCUAGAGGAGGCUGCUGAAGGUGUUCUCACCUUUCAAGGUUGGGGAAGUGAAAGGGCUUCUGUGAAGCUUCCAAACCACUAAAAGGAUCCCCCUUCCCAACAGUGACGAACACAAAAAGCACCCUUUUUUCUUGGUGAGGUGAUACCACCCGGCAGCCUCCUGGCCAUUGGUGUAGUUCCUGCAGCUGGCUGGGGGAACAGUAGCCAGCAGGGGAGUGUAUUAGAGGGUUAGGGCAGGGCACUGGGCACCCCCAAAAGUUAAUAUAUUGAGAACUUAGCUUGAGUCUGUCCCUUCCCAAUUCCAGAAGUAGGAGGAGUAAAGAAUGCGGGUGGGUUAGGGGGGCCUUUAGCGGAACGCCUCUCUCACCACCUCCCGCUGUCAUUGUAGAGUCAAGGUACCAGGUAUUCUUGCCAGUCUCAUCUCAGUGCUUCCUGAAGAGGCUCUUUUGAGUGUUUAAAAGAUGAAAAAACAAUGCAAUAUGCCAAACAGUAUUGAGCAGAAUAAUUUAUUUCUUUUCUGUUCCUUUUUCUCCUUUUUGUUUUGUUUAAAACAUUAAUAAAUCCCCAUUCUGGAAGAGGUAGGUCCCAGCAUCCGGCCCAGAUCUUCUUUUCUACAACAAUUAUUUAAACAAAUGUUGUUUUAUUUUCUGCCCUUUCUCUUUCUGAAUUAAAAAGAGCAAAGAAACUA